UCCAAUAUAUGUUGGAAUAGAGAUAGAUCUAGAAAAUCUCUCUGUUUUGAAUUCUCUCAGUUCCUACUAAAACUAAAACCAACAAUUAUUUUAUUUCAUUUUUUUUUUCUAAAUAAAAAUACAAGAAAAAAAAGAAAAAAAGAAAAGAAGAAAAAAAAAGAUGCUUAUGAGAAGCUCUUCAACACCUAUACUAAACUCAUGGAUACCACAAUAUUAUUAUGGCCAUGAACCAGAAAAUAAUAAUACCCUGCAGCUCCUCCCCAGGCCAAUACCCUACACCGCAGCAUCUCUGCCGUCCAUCUCACUCGACCACGAUGACGUCAUCAAGAAGAUGCUCGUCCGAGCGAGUAGUACUAAGUGCGGCCGCGCGUGCAUGCAUGGGAUAAUAUUCCCGGUUUCGACGGGUUCCGAGGAUGACGACGACGAGGGAGAGAAGGUAGUGGCGGCGCGUUUGGAAGAGGGGUUCAAGAUUGGAGGUGGCAAGAGGGUGGCGACGACGGAGGGUGGUGGUGGCGGCGGCUCAGGCAGCGGAAGUGGUGGCUCCGGCGGCGGCGGAGAUGGGUACGAAGGUGGAUUCGGGUGCUGGGAUGCGGAUCACGAGAGCGGAAGUAUGGACGUGUAUUAUCAGGAGAUGAUUGAGGCCAACCCUGGAAACUCCAUGGUUUUAAGCAACUAUGCAAGAUUUUUGAACGAGUGUUGUGGAGAUGUUAAAAAGGCAGAAGAGUAUUUUGGGAGGGCAAUUUUGGCAGAUCCAAGUGAUGGGAAUAUUCUCUCAUUAUAUGCUGAUUUAAUUUGGCAAACGUAUGAGGAUGCAACACGUGCCCUUAUUUAUUUUGACCGAGCUAUUAAAGCAGCCCCAAACAAUUGCUAUGUUAUGGCUUCAUAUGCUCGGUUUCUUUGGGAUGCUGAGGAUGAAUUUGAAGGGCAAGACUCUACAAUUUUGUUAUAAUUAGCCUGGCUGAAAUCAAGUUUUAACUUUUUUUUUAUUAAUUGUUUUUAAAUAUUUUAGUUAUUUAAUUUGCUUGUAGAAGAAUGUGAAUACAACUAUUUGCUAUUUAACAAUAAUACUGAGUUGGUGUUCAUACAUUUUGGAAUUUUAUUAUUAGAAUCAAUGUAACGUUUGCUUUUA